UUAAUAAAUUUUUAUUGUUCUAUAAUAAUAUAUAAUGACAGUUUUAAGUACUUUUUAUGUAUUACAAAAUUACACUCUAUGCAACCCUGUUGAGUCCAGUCGUUCUCCAAAACUAAUUGGAGUUGCAUUAUAAGUUUGAGAAUCUUUGAGCGCUUCGGUUGUGAGAUGUGAGUGAAUUUUCCGGAAAAAUAAAAGUACAAACAAAAUAUUUGGGUCUGCAAAAUUUUCAAGUAAAAGUAAUCAAAAUUUGUGAGGCCGGUGGAAAUUUGAAUGUGAGUUUUUAUUUAAACUGCUAAGGAACAUGUUCAAGUGAAUAUUCUGGAAACACAUACGCGCUUCGAACUAAAAUGAUAAAAAGCCAGCGGGCGUAAAUAAAAACGAAAAAGAAUAUACGAAUGACUUGUACGUGUAGUUUCAAAAAAUUCCAUUUGCAUAAUUUUUCAUUGUUUAUAUGAAAUGAUGGCUUAAAUUUUCAGUAGGGAAAUGAAAUCUGCGACAACAAAUAGAGUAAAAAAUAAUUAAAGACAACAGAAAGAGUUAAUUAUUGUGAAUUACAAUAAAAUUUAAUCAACUUAAUUGCAAGCAAGAAAAUAUCUAUUUCUCUCGAAAGAAGUGAUUGUGUGAUAUCCAAACAAAGAAAAACUAGCUACAUCAUAAAGAGACUCCGCAAAGAAAAAAAAAGGCGAAGAGAACAAAAAAUUAAUUAGAACGAAAAAUCGCCGGUUAACAGUUCGUUUACGCAUUUAGUUUCCUCGUAAUUGAAUUGAGGAUACGUUAAAAACGAUAAACUAAAUAUUACUCAUAAACAAUUGCUUUUUUUUGAUAACAUACUAAAGCUUUAUACAAAUUCUUCGUGCAUGCUUCCGGAAUUGUUGCUUCGCCUACAUUUAUUCCUUGAUGACUUACUGAAAUCAAAAAACGAACUAAUACAGAUUGUCACCGAUUUUACAUUAUUCUCCUUCGAUCAUCUACACCUGAUAAAACUCAUAGCUAAAAUGUCGACGGCAUUUCUUACCGCCAUAGCGGUCAUAAUGUGCAUCCUGUUUCGAAUACUAAACGUUAACAGUCAGCCGCUUAAACCAAGCGUUUGGUGUUUGGAUCAACAGUUUCUGGAUUGUAUCUAUAAAAUUGCACCAGUACUAAGAGAACCUUAUGUUCCCACGCGUUUAUGGGGUUUCAGUGGUCACGUACAAACGGUGUUGCAUAGCAUAGUGGGCCGUGUGAAAUGUCCUUGGCCAUUGGGCGAGCGAGUAUAUCUGUUGCUACACGAUGGCUCUACACUCACCUACGAUCUCUAUCAACCGAUAAAUGAAGCUGAAGAUGAUGUCACCAUCGCUAUUUGUCCUGGUAUUGGCAAUACCUCGGAGAGUGUGUAUAUACGCACAUUCGUACACUAUUCACAAAUGCAUGGCUACAGAUGUGCCGUACUCAACCACAUCGGUGCAUUGAAUAGUGUACAAGUGACAUCGACCCGCAUCUUCAGUUAUGGUCACACGGAUGACUUUUCCGAAAUGGUUAACAAUUUACAUAAGAAAUACCCAAAUAGCCGUAUUGUGGCUGUCGGUUUCAGUUUAGGUGGCAAUCUUGUGACUAAAUAUAUGGGAGAAUUAGCAAAGUCAAAACCGAACACCAUACUUGGUGGCAUAUCAAUUUGUCAGGGGUACAAUGCAGAGGAAGGUACGAAGUGGCUUUUGAAUUGGCAAAAUUUCCGCCGCUUCUAUCUGUAUGUGAUGACAGAAAAUGUGAAGAGUAUUAUACUCAAGCAUCGUCAUGUCUUGCUGUCGGACGAAGUGAAAGCACGUCACAAUCUAAACGAACGUGAGAUUAUCGCUGCCGCCACACUGCCGGAAUUAGAUGAGGCUUAUACACGUCGUGUGCACAAUUUCUCCACUACACAGGAGCUAUAUAAGUGGAGUUCAUCGCUGCACUUUUUGGACAACAUUGACAAGCCAAUGAUUUUCAUUAAUGCUAAAGAUGAUCCACUAGUGCCGGAGGAGCUGUUGCCACCCAUUAAAGAAUUCGCAUCGUCCCGCCCCAAUGUAGCAUACAUUGAAUUGGCUCAUGGUGGACAUUUGGGAUUCUAUGAAGGCGGUUUAAUUUACCCUAACCCAGUUACAUGGCUGGAUCGCACUGUGGUGGCCAUGGUUGGCUCCAUAGUAAUGCUACAUAUGGAUGCUGUGUCUGGUGCACAAAAAAUUGGUUAUGAAUAGGUGAAACAACAAGUUUCACACACACACACACAAACACACAAAAACAAGUGGAAAUCGCACUUAAAUUAAUAUAAAUAUAUACAUAAUGCGAAUGAGGAAAUGUCACAAAACAACUAACUUCUCUAAGCAUAUACAUACAUAUGUACGUAGGAAAAAUGCACAAGCCAUGGACAUUUUCUUUGAUAAAUUUGUAAAAUUGUAAUGUUUACUUUUGUUGAAUUUUUAAUUCGUAUUUGUUCAUGCAAACAUAAAUUCGCAUUCGCAAAGAAAAAAUGAAAAAUAAUAAAACAAUUUGUUGUUUUCUGCAUUUGUUGUUUUUAUAAAAAAUUAAGUGAACUUAACUGUAUUAAAAAAUUAUUCAAACGUUUUGAAUAAAAAAUUCCAUUUUUCCUAAAUAUAUUUUUAGGUUAAAUUAUGCAUUUGCCAAGCAGUUAUUUAUGUAAUUUUAUAUGUGUGUGUAAAUUGUUUACAAAGCUAUACGUACUCUUCUUUAUAGUAAAUGCCCAUUUAGCCAUAGCAUUUUUAAUUUUUAUUUUUAAAGCAACUUAUGUAUAUAGCUUUUUAACUAUUUAUUAUUCUAUAUUUACAAUUUAUAAUUUUAGCACUUUUGUGCGUUUCAAUCAUAUCACAAUAGCCACCAAACUGUUAAAUUAACGCUGAACUUUUUUUUUUUAAUAUUUGUAUUUUAUUUUAAAUUAAUUGUUGCACUAGCUUAAUAUUUUAGUUUGGUAUUCAUAAUAAGUUAGUUGUUUAACCGAAGACAGUAACAAGUACUCAAAAUACAAAUUACUAUACAAAAACUAAAAAAAAAAAUUUUAAUUGCCGGUUCAACAAUGAAAAAAUUUGAUUAUUUGCUUUCACUGGCAUUUUAAAAUCCGUUAGACUUUAAGUAUACAUAUAUUGUGUAUAGCAAUUUUCAGGACCGUAAAUAAUGAUUAUUGUUGCGAUUUUUAAAUAAACAAAUCAAUAACUUAGAAUCGUCAUACAAAAAAAAACAGAUUAUGUCAUAUUAAUCCUUUUGCGACGAUCUAAGCAUUUCCAUGAUGAUUGAUUAAGUUCUGUGUUUUAUGAUUUCCUUUAACGAUAAUGCUUAAUUUUAUAAUAAAUCAUAUAGAAUCAUUAUUUUUUGAGCAAAAAAACAUUUAUGAUUUUUAAUUUUUUGUUCAAAGUAAAACUCACUUUUAUAUCAAAAUGUGUCUUGUUUGUCGUUUUGUAAUUAAAGAAAGAAUCUAGUUCAGUAUUCAUUUAGUAAAUCAUCAUUAUAUAUGAUUAUUAUUUUUUUGCUCAAAACUAAUCAUUAAUUAUGUUUUUAAUUUUUUGCUCAAAACUAAUCAAUAUUUAUGAUUUAUUAUAAAAUUUAUCAAAAUUAAUCAUUAUCGGUGAAGAAAAUCGUAAAACUCAAUGUAUAGUCAUAAUUACGUGAUUUUUAAAAUAAAACCUAUAAUGAUUAUGGGCUCUGGUAAUUUUGCCAUUAAAGUUUAACAAAUUAAAGUGUAAAAAUAAUACUUUUUUUUUGAAAGAACUUUCUUAUGAAUAUGACAACUGAAAUUUGUACUUAAGUUCUUUUAUAAAAUUUGAUGAAAAUAAAAGAAGCUUUUUUAAUUUAAUUGUAUGUUAAUAUUUUUAGUUCUAAUUAAAUAAAUAAGCUUACACUUUAUAGUUACUUAGUCACAACAACACUUGCAGCAACAGUUUGCACUCAUUUAAAAAAAGUUAAAUAUUUGCAUCGUCAUUUAUUGUAAACGAAAGAAUACAAAUAAAAGCCCAACAAUAAACGUAACAAAGUA